CUAGUCAGUCCCCUUUGCUUUUACAAUGACCCAAAGGGGAAAAAGAAACCGAAUAGUAACAAACCCUCUUUUCUUUUAGUAAGACUCAAAUCCCAGCAGCAGCAGACCGACUUGAGCUUCUAGUCUGAACCAUCUCUCCAUCGCUUCCCUAAACAUGGCCUUUGUUCCGGUUCUUCUUCGCAGAGCUGCUUCGUCGUCUGCUCUUCCUGCCGGGAUCCGCGUUUUUGGGUGCCCGAGAACCUUCCAUAGCGCCGCUUCCACCAUCCUCUCCUCUGAAAAGCAGAGUCUACCCGGACAAGGGCUUAAUGGAGCCGGCAGUGGUUUAUCUCCUCUGUUCCUUCGGUUCUCAACGGCCGCCGUGGAAGAACCAACCGUCGACGAGACUCUGAUUCGCACUCUUGAGAGCGGCGUCGACGCUGCCGGGUCGCCCAAGGUGGAAGGUGUCCCGGACGGGUGCCCUUUCGAUAUCGUCCAAGACAAUCCUGGCAACUUGACAGUAAUUCUUCAGAGAAGGUUUGGUAGGGAAGUUGUCAGAAUCAAAAUUGACUUGUCUCAAAUCGUGGAUAUUGGGGAGGCAAAUAUCCCAUCUAGCAUCCCUCUGUCGCUCAACAUUAUCAAACCUAACAGGCAAGAAGGGUUAGGGUUUGCUAUCACAGCUUUCCCUCGCGAGUUCACAAUAGACACCUUGGCAAUUUCAGAUGACAACUCAUCCUGCGGAGGCCUGCAUUUUAGCGACUUGGAUUCGGAGAUGCAGAAAGCAUUUCAUAAGUACGUGGAAGCCAGAGGGCUGGAACCCAUCACCAUAAACUUCUUGUUCCAGUUCGUGGCGAACAAGGUCAAGAGAGACUGGUUGAAUUGUUUGCACAGAGUCAAGAAGUUUGUGGAGGACUGAGACGGAGCUUCGGUGAAGCUGCUGGAGAAGAGAACAUUCUUAUAGUCAGACCAGAAAGUCUCCAGGCCGCUCUAACUCUUGGUUAACUACUGUGGGUGGUGACGAUGGUUUAAACUCAAAAUAGAUAAGCUAUUCUCGCCUACUCUUGGGAGGACCAGCGGGAAAUAUGAUAUUUGUGUAAUGAUAAUAUAGUAUCCGAUUUACAGUAAUACAUAUUCGUCCAAUAAAAAAAAAGUAUUCUUAUAAUAGAUAGUAGUAUGAAAUCAAGUCUUUAAGAAUAUGAUAUUUAGGUUAUGAAAAUAUGAUAUUUUUGAAGACCUGAUGAUAUUUAUGGUAUGAAAAUAUGAUAUUCUUGAAAGCUUGAUUUCAUAAAACCAUUUAUAUAAGAAUACAUUUUUUGUUGGAUGAAUUUGUAUUCCAGUAAAUCGUAUACUAUAUUACCAUUACACAAAUAUCAUAUUCUUCGUUGGGAGGACGUCCUCCCAACGGUAGGUGGGAGGACCAUAUCCGAGCCGGUUUAAACUCUAUUAACACGGAUUUCGAUAGGGCCUAGGCCUUAUACAACUACUUCGGGCCAUUUUAGUGUAAUCAGAGAAAAAACUUGACCAACUUGAACAAAAUGGUUGAAAUGUGACCUUGUCAAACUACUUCCAAACUCCACCUAUGUAUCAGAUCAUGAAUUGUGAGCUCCAGUGAGGCCGGACAUUAUUUUUUUUAUAAUGUUUUGUGGGUGGAUAUAUGUUUUAUUAGCAAGAAUGGAAUGGUUGAAAUUUGAUCUUGUCAAAUUACUUCAAACUCCGCCAUCUGAUAAUGAAUUGUUAGCUCCAGU